CUUUUCAAUCGACUGACGAGUAGAAGAAGAGGGUUGUUAAUCAUAUUAAUCAGCGUAAUGUGAGAAAGGCUGUUAAGCAUAUUUAAUUUAUGAGAUUUAAAUUUUCAUCAAGAAACUAGUUAAAAACUUAUAAUGAAAAUUUGGACAUCUGAACACACUUUCAAUCAUCCAUGGGAGACAGUCGCGCAAGCAGCAUGGCGAAAGUAUCCCAAUCCAAUGAAUCCAGCUGUCAUUGGAACUGAUGUGGUUGAGAGAAAAGUAGUAAAUGGCGUUUUACACACUCAUCGUCUCGUCAGCUCUAAAUGGUUUUUCCCCAGAUGGGCUCAAGCGCUUAUAGGCACAGCUAAAAUAUGCUAUGCUAGCGAACAAUCAAUAGUUGACCCAACGCAACGACAGAUGACUCUCAAAACUACAAAUUUGUCUUUUUGUCGAUAUAUAGCAGUUGAUGAAACAGUCAAAUAUACACCUCAUCCUACAGAUCCAUCUAAAACACUGCUUAAGCAAGAAGCUGUGGUCACAGUUCAAGGAGUACCCCUUAGCAGUUAUAUGGAGGAUUUAUUGACAAACAAGAUUUCUUUAAAUGCUGGCAAAGGUAGACAAGCUAUUGAAUGGGUUAUAGGGAAAAUAGAUUCUGAAAUAAAAGAACUAGCCACUUCAGCUUGCAAAAGCACAGAUGAAUUGCUAACCCAAACAAAGAAAUCCAUUGAUGACAUCACAUCAACAGCUAGAAGAUCUAUGGAUGAUAUAUCUACGAAAGCAAAGAGAUCACUGGACGAUAUAGAGAAAUUCACAAAGGCCAAUGCCAAUCAACGAAGCUGAAAAGAGGAGUGACUUCUGUGUUUAGUCUUAUUUGUAAUGUGUUGAAAGAAUUGCAACUCACCAGUGGCACUCCAUUCUCUAUUACUUCAUUUUUAUUGCAUAAUGAGGAACACACAUUUGGAUAGUUAAUUUAUUAUGGUAGCACAAUUUGUAAUUAUCAUUUUUGUAGUGUUGACAUGAGCAUUGUUGAAGUGUAAUAUUGUACAUAAAGUUUGUAAUGAGCAUACUUGACAAACAGUAUAAUGGUAAGGUCCAAGUGACAAGGGACAUUGGUUCUUAUUAGUAUUUAUGGUAGUAUCUUUUGUAUUGGAUGUGAAUAAUGAUGGUGGCUUUCAUGGCAAUAUUGUUGUUACUUAACUCCUAAUUAAAAGAUAGAAGCCUUUUUUAAACAAGUUAUUGUUGUAACAGACAUAGGAUUACUUGUCUUUCCACCUAAAUGUUGAUUAUGUUGAUAUUUUUUAUCUUAUGAAAGCAUGCAUAAAUAACCCCUGUCAUUAAUAUUUUUUGUGUGUUUAGUUCAAGUUUAAGAGCUUUAUGACAUGAUCAGCAUGAGUCAAAAAAUAAAGCUUACUUUCAGAUUAGAAUGGGUAUUCUAAGGCCUUGUGUUCUAUGUUCCUAUAACAUUAAACAGUCAUUAAAUAUGCCAACAUGUUAAAUUGAUAAUUUGUUUCAGUUUAAUAUACAUUUGUGUGUUGACUGUUCUAAGGCAAGUGUUAUAGAAAUAUCCAUAUAGUUAGUAUUAGCCACCUUAGAAUAGUCAUAACUAAAAAGAGAAUUAUAUUACAUGGUUAAUUUAACUUGGUGUACAUUUUUUUAAAUAAUAAUUAUUUGGAUGAUAUGUACAAAUAUUGUGUGUAAAAAGAUUAUGUGGUUGCGCCCUGGACCCAAAGGUGCACACUUCUUUGAUCACAUAUGUGUUGACACUAUAUAGCACGGGCAUUUGAUACUGUCGUCAUAUAAUGUGUGCAUAUAUAUCUAAUUUUAAAAUAUUAUUUGGAGCAGGCUUAAGAAGUGGUACUUUAAUCAAUAGAUUGAGGAUCAAAGGAAUUGAAUAAUUUUGUUUUCAAAAUAAAUUACAAUCAGUUUCAGUAUUUAUUUUCUAAAAUGUAUUGUUAAUAAUAAUAACUCAUACCAAUGCCACUAUCUUCAAUUUUUAUGGUUUUGUAAAUGUAACUACCAAUGUUUUUCUCUUGAUCGAAAUACAAAUAUUAAUUCAUUCCCUAAUUUGUAAUAAUUAUCACAAAAUAUACCAGUAAAUUUUUGUUUCAUCUGU